CACAUGGCUUGCGCGAGAUCUGGCGUGCCCCGGCAUGCACAUGCAACGGGCAAUGGCCGUGGACGAGCACCCACGUGGCUUCAGGAUGGAGCUCAUUUCUCACUCUGCAUCUUUUUCUUUACGCUCCUCCUCUUGUCCGUGACUUUCUUUCUCCGCUGCACUUGACAAUGGCUGAGAGAACUCCGCGCAUCGCCUUCGGCGACGACGCCAUUGAACAUACCAGGUCGGCAGAAGACCACAUCGAGUCUUUGACAUACAAAAAGAUGGCGUCCACGCACGAGGUUGAUGCAGAUUCCCUCGUCUCUGAUCGGGGCGUCGGCGUUCGAGAAGGCGAUAUGAAGAAGCGUCAGGUCUUCAAAGGGUGGACGCUGUUGUGGCUGGUAUACCAGUCCACAGGUGUCAUCUACGGUGACAUUGGAACUUCUCCGCUCUACGUCUUCUCCUCCACCUUCUCCUCUCCACCCGCCCAUGCGGAUCUACUCGGGGCGCUCUCAAUCAUCCUCUGGUCUUUGACCCUCAUUGUCACGGUCAAAUACAUGUUGAUCGUUCUGUACGCGGACGACAACGGCGAGGGCGGAACGUUCGCCAUGUACAAUCUCCUGGCUCGCUUCAGCAACAUCAUCAAGCAAGACCCGAGCGCCAAUCAUCUCAUGAAGAUGGAGCGCUACUCAACAAACGACCUGAAACGCCCCAAUCGCGGGUUCCGUCGAUGGCUCGAAAACAGCAAGAUCUCGCAUGCGUUUUUGAAGAUCCUGGCAGUCCUCGGCGUCAGUCUCAUUAUGGCUGAUGGCAUUCUUACUCCAGCCCAGUCCGUAUUGGGCGCCAUUCAAGGGCUCGAGGUCGCGGUGCCCAACAUCUCGAAGGGGACCAUCAUCGGUACAACAUGCGGCAUCCUCAUCCUCCUCUUCCUCGUUCAGCCCUUCGGGAUCCACCGUGUGUCCAGUGUCUUCGCUCCAGUGGUGAUCAUCUGGCUUUUGUUCAACGGUGUUUCCGGCAUCUACAACUUGGCUGUGCAUGACUACACCGUGCUCAAGGCUUUCUCGCCUUACUAUGCCGGCGACUGGUUCGUGCGAAACGGCACUGCGGGCUGGAUCAAUCUUGGCGGUCUCCUUCUCGCCUUUACUGGCGUGGAAGCACUGUUCGCCGAUCUUGGUGCAUUCUCCCGUCGCGCGAUUCAGCUUAGCUGGCUCUGCAUCGCCUAUCCAUGUCUAAUGCUCGCUUAUAUCGGGCAAGCCUCGUACCUUGCAAAGUAUCCCGCCGCAUACGACAACCCUUUCUUCAAGACUGUACCUCCGGGCACCUUCUACUUUGCUUUGGUCAUUGCGAUUUUGGCUGCGGUGGUAGCAUCCCAGGCUCUCAUCACGUCGACCUUCCAGCUCUUGUCCCAGGUUAUGAACUCAUCCUACUUCCCACACAUCAAGAUGAUCUACACCAGCGACAAGUUCCACGGCCAAGUGUACAUUCCCAUUGCGAAUUGGUUGAUGAUGGUGGGCACAGUGAUUGUGACGGCAGUCUACAACAACACCAACAGCCUCGGACAUGCCUAUGGAGUGUGUGUCAUCCUCGUCACUUUCAUCACGACGAACCUGGUGACGCUCGUGGCUAUAAUCGUCUGGAGAUUCCACCCGGCACUCGUCUUCACCAUUUGGCUCCCAUUCGUUCUGCUCGAUGGACUCUACCUCAGCUCAGCACUUACCAAAGUUCCCAACGGAGCUUGGUUCACUUUACUGCUCUCCUUCAUUCUCGCCUCGUUCUUCACGUUGUGGAGGUACGGCAAAGAAAAGCAGUGGGCAUGCGAAAAGAAGGACCGACAAUCGCUUUCGCAGGUAAUCGUCAGCAGUGCAGACAACGACGGUCAACUCAUGCUCAGCGAUCAAUACGGCGGUGGGAAAUUGACUACGAUCGAAGGCUUCGGCAUCUUCUUUGACAAAGCCGGCGAGUCCACGCCCAUGGUCUACGAACAGUGGCUGCGCAAGUUCCGGGCGCAAAUGGAUACCGUCGUCCUCCUGCACCUUCGCGCCCUGAGCAUUCCUCACGUCGCCGAGGAAGACCGUUUUGCAGUCGCUCGGACAGGCGUCCGAAAUGUCUAUCGGGUCGUCGUCAGACACGGAUACAGCGACCGCGUCAUCACGCCCGACCUCGCACAGAUGAUAUACGAAGAGAUCCGCCGUGCGAUCAUCCACGACAGCGUCCAAGCACCGUCCGAAAGCGGCAACGGUGCGAAAGAGGCGAAGGCGGUGGCAUCCAUCGCCGCGCGCCUGCAGCACUUGGACGACGCUUUCCGGCAUCAAGUGCUCUACAUGACCGGCAAAGAGCAGAUGCGUAUCAGUGGAAGAUAUAAUGCCUUCAAGCGCAUGGUGUUGGGCGUCUUCCUGUGGGUGCGGGAGAAUUGCAGGACGCGGAUUGCCAGCCUGGACAUUCCUGUAGAUCGCAUUGUUGAGGUCGGGUUUGUCCACGAUCUUUAAAACUACUUUGGAGAGCCUGUGAAGGCUAUGGCGGCACGUAAGGCUGCAGUCAGGUUGAGAAUGGCGGCGACAUUUGAACCACAGAGCUUUCUUUAACCAGAUGAAUUCUCUUAUAAUAUUUAUGGGUACGCAGACGCCGUCGUCCUUCUCCGCACCCUAAAUCCCUACCA